AUGUACACUCCCCCAGUUGCAGGAUCCAAAAUUAUCGUUGUAGGUGCUGGCACCUUUGGUCUCUCCACCGCCUAUGCCCUUGCUUUGAAGAAAUACAAUGUCUGGGUAUAUGACCGUAAUACUGUUCCCUCUGCAGAUGCUUCAUCUACAGACAUCAACAAGUGCGUACGCAUGGAUUAUGGCGGGGAUACACUUUCCAUGCAGCUCAUGAUGGAAGCUUACCCACAUUGGCAUCAAUGGAACAAAGAGCGAGCGGAGAUGGGCCUGAGCCCUGUUUUCCACCAGACCGGAUGUCUGCUACUGUGCAAGGGCGAUAGCUAUUCUGACUAUGAACGCUCAUCCAUCAAACACAUCAGAGAAGCAGGAUAUGGCCACACGAUCCAGGAGCUUCCCACGCCUGAAAGCAUCAUUGAACGAUUUCCACAAUUUAAAGAUGCCGUUGACAAUGGCUACAAAGUGGCUUAUCUCAACACCGAAGGAGGAUGGUGCAACUCUUCAGAGACCAUCAAGCAUCUCUAUCAAAAAUGCGUGGAUAAUGGCGUCCAGUUUAUUAUUGGAUCUGACAAGGGUGCCUUUGAGCAGCUCCUUGUUGAGGAUGAUGUUGUACGCGGCAUCCGGACACGGGACAAAGUGAAGCAUAUUGCCGACCACGUUGUCUUGGCAGCCGGUCCAUGGACAGCGAGUUUGCUCGAUUUCGGGGGUCGUCUCCAAGCAACGGGCCAAGCUGUGAUCCAAUUCAGCCCUCCACCAGAAUUCAUCGAAAAGUUCAAGGACUCGCCCGUCUGGGGAGGUGAUAUUUCGCGUACCGGCUUUUAUGGUUUCCCGAUUAAUGCAGAAGGCAAGAUGAAGAUUGCUAGCCAUUCAGUGGGGUAUGUGAGCCCUCGCUCUGCGGAUAACGUAUCUGUCCCUCGCACCCAAGUCACUUAUCAGGACGAUACCAUUCCUGUCAAGGCCCUGGAUAAUUUUCGCAAGUUCUUGGGCGAAUUUAUGCCCGAGACAGACAAUUGGGAUAUUUCAUACUCACGUGUCUGCUGGUACUCGGAUACAACUGAUGGCAAAUUCUUGGUUGCACCUCAUCCAGACUAUAAGAACCUUGUUAUUGCCUCCGGAGAUUCCGGCCAUGCUAUGAAGUUUACCCCUAAUAUUGGUUUCAAGAUUACUCAAGUCAUUGAAGGUAUCGAGACCGACUAUAGUCGUGCGUGGUCAUGGAAAGAAAGCAACAAUGACGUGCUCACAAGCAGUGAUGGCACAAGAAACAUUACCUCGAAACCACUGACGCUGGGUGUUGGUGAAGCUAGAAUGGCUUCAAAGGUUGAGUUGAAGGCACCCAAAAAGAAGUCCAGCUAG